AUGACUGUUCCAUCGGCCCUGGUGCCAAUCCUGCUGCUGGGAAUGGCUGCCGUUGUGGUGCAGGGCUUGCCGCUCUCUUCUUCCCUGAGGAAUGACACCCUGGAACGGCGAUGGGAGACCCUCUUUUCCAGGUCCAUGGCUAGGAUCCCAGGGGAAAAAAGGGAUAUGAGCCGGGAAAGUGACUAUUUGCUGGGCAUCAAGAGGCUGCGACGUCUCUACUGCAACGUGGGCAUCGGGUUUCAUAUCCAGGUUUUACCGGACGGAAGGAUAAAUGGCAUGCACAAUGAAAAUCGAUACAGUUUACUGGAGAUUUCCCCAGUGGAAGUGGGAGUUGUGAGUUUGUACGGCGUUAAAAGUGCCAUGUUUGUCGCUAUGAAUGCAAAGGGGAAGCUGUAUGGAUCAAGACAUUUCAAUGACGAAUGCAAAUUCAAAGAGACCCUUCUGCCCAACAACUACAACGCCUACGAAUCGAGGAAAUACCCCGGCAUGUACAUCGCUCUGAGCAAAAAUGGAAGGACAAAAAAAGGGAACAGAGUUUCUCCGACAAUGACACUGACCCAUUUCUUGCCCCGGAUAUGA